UCGGCCUACGGAAAUUGCACUUUGCCAAUCCAUUAUAUCCAUGUUUAGAUUCGAUCCCUUCUGCUUCUGCAGCGAGAAAUCAUUGAGAAGAGAAGCAGAUGGAAAACAAGAAUGGAGGCAAUGGAGGGAAUUACAGAAACCCAUGCCUCACAAUGCAUCAGCCAUGGGCUUCUUUGCUAGUUUAUGGCAUCAAACGCAUUGAGGGAAGAUCUUGGCCUGCCCCCAUCAGAGGGCGGCUUUGGAUUCAUGCUGCUAGUAAGGUUCCAGAUCCAGACACAAUCAAGGCAAUGGAGGAAUUCUACAGGGAAAUCUAUGCAGUGAAUGGGGUAACAGAAAUCAAGCUUCCAGAGCAUUAUCCAAUCUCAAGGCUGUUAGGUUGUGUGGAAGUGGUUGGCUGUGUUACAAGAAAAGAGCUAGUUUGCUGGGAGGAGAUCCCCGAAGGGGCUAGGCUCGAGGGCCAAACAGAUUAUUGCUGGCUCUGUGAGCAACCACAGAAAUUGAUUGUACCAUUUGAGAUGCGUGGAUAUCAAGGUGUUUAUAACUUGGAGAAAAAAAUAUAUGAGGCAGCAGUCAGAGGUCUUUCGCCAGUUAAAGCUCCACUGCCCGUCAAGUUCCCACUUCCAGAUCUGCGAGAUCCCUUCUCGCUGAAGCCAGGGUCACUUGCUUCCGACAUGAAUGCAUCCAGACCAUCAGAGAUGGAGAAACCACCAAGUCUGAAUGCAGCCAUUGCUGGUGCCCGAGCUGCUGCCACACAGUUCUCAAAGAAGAAUGCUACCCAAUCUAUCACACAGGAAGAGGAGGAUAAGCCUGUUUCUGCAAGAACUAGGAAGAAACAUAAGCAAGAGGCUCAGGUACUGUGAAUUAGCUGGAAGAUCCAAUAGUAACUAACAUAAUGUCUGGAGAAAUUUAGCAGCCGUCAAACUUCUUUUGGGGAAAUCCACAUCUGUAAGACUGCCUUUCCUUUUGUACUAUAUAUUGUAUUUGUGAAUUUUCGUAGUUGAGAUGUAAACUAGGACCCCGAUUGUGGGACAAGGAAUAAGCGAAACAUUGGAGGGCUAACUUAUAGGAUGUGCAUUGCAAUACAUGUUCUUUGUGCUUUUCAGAUCA